AUGGCAUCCCACGCGCCCGCUGCAUGCUGCACAGCCGGCAAACUACACGAAGGUACCCCUGAGGGUAGCCUGAUCCAAAUUGACGGCAACAUCGAAGCGUAUCUAGCGAUACCAACAUCUCAGCAGACGCCCGCGCGAGCAGUACUGUAUCUGCCGGACAUCAUCGGCAUAUGGCAGAACAGCAAGCUCAUCGCUGAUGAGUUUGCACGCCAUGGCUACGUCUGUCUUGUUCUCGACACUUUCAACCGUGAUCCCUGUCCGUUAAACAUGCCUGCGGACUUCGAUAUCAUGAAGUGGCUGCAAGAAGGAUCCGACGGCCAGAAUCCGCAUACGACAGAGACCAUUGACCCGAUAGUCCAGGCCGCAAUCAAGUAUCUGAAAGGCAUGGGCAUUGAAAAGAUUGGGGCAGCAGGGUACUGCUUCGGCGCAAAAUGUGGUUUCAUUGCUCACCCCUCAUUUGUGGACUCAGAUGAGUUGGCUGCCAUUACUGGGCCGUUGUCCAUUGCUGCGGCUGAGUUCGACGACAUAUUCCCCGCAGAGAAGCGCCACGAAAGUGAAGCGAUACUGGCGAAGACAGGAAAGGACUACCAAAUUAAUUUGUUCUCUGGAGUCUCCCAUGGUUUCUCUGUUCGUGGUGACGUGAAGGAUGAGAAGCAGCGGUUUGCAAAGGAGCAGGCCUUUUACCAGGCGAUUACUUGGUUUGACAGAUACUUCAAGACCAACUAG